UCCCUCCACCAUAUCAUGAAGCGGCUCGGGGCUUGCGGCCACGGCCGGGGCAGUGCUGAGGGCGGAAGGAGCAGGAGGAGGUGUCGGUAUCGGUGUCAGUACCACUGUAGGUGCCGGGCCCUCCUGGCCGGCCGGCCCGCACUACGUGUCCCGGCGUGCCGCGGGACGAGCCGCCGGAGCCGGAACCGGAAGGGGAGCGGGAGGGCGGCGCCGCUUCCGCCGGCGGGGCGGGCGCGGGCAGCGGGCGGUGCCGCGCAGAGUGUUCUGCAGAGAAAAAGGAUACGUGUCUCUUUGAGUUCCAUCGAGUCCCGGACUGGUUUCUUCUCUGCUGCCCACAUGGCAUUGUCUCUUAGAACUGCAUGGUCCAGCCUCUUUUGGAUGCGUUCAGUAGCGCCCUGUAAGCCGGCCCUGCUGCACAAGGGAGCUGUGUAUCAUGCUUGCCAUAAAUCUACAUACUCGGUUCUCCCUGAAGACUACAACUGCAAAGUGGAACUUGCAGUGACAUCAGAUUUGAAGACAAUUGUCUGCUACCACCCUUCGCUUGAGAUUCCAUAUGAGCAUACAAAACCCAUACCACGGCCAGAUCCAGUGAAUAAUAAAGAAGAAAACCUUGAUCAAGUUUUGAAAUCCAGAUUGAAUGAAAAAGAGCUAAAGAACAAAAGAGGUCCUACAAUUGAAGAGCUCAGCAAAAUGUUUUACACAACUAAACAUCGCUGGUAUCCUGUGGGACAGUAUCACAGAAGACGCAAGGAUCCUAAUCCUCCCAAAGACCGAUAAUUAAGAUAAUUUCUUGAUCAUCAGCACUUUGCUGUUAGUCUUUAUUAGAAAUAAAAAUUACAGAAAAUGAGAUGUUUGGCUAUAACAAAACACUUAAUUUGACUGUUAUCUUCCACUUAAACUAGUUGACAGAAAAAUGGCACUGAUGAGACAGAGCGUCAGUGAAGGCAGUUGUGCAUGUGCCUGGUCAGCACAUGGGCCGGUUUUAGAAUGGAGAACAGGAUGUAAAAGGCCAUGGAGUGCUCUGACUAAACUUGGUCACAGCCUCAUUGUUUAUAAAGUGAAUCCAUACAAGUCUUGUGUCAAAAUGGGAAGUCUAGAAAUGGACACAUUAGGGUUUGGUGGUUUGCUGGGGGUAAUAAUUUUUUUUCUUCUUUAGAAAUCUAGUAACGUAAAUGCAGGUAAGCUUGAAUACUGAGGUAUUAAUAAAAGAGUGUUUAUGAAAAAUA